AUGAAAGAUGAAGCAGCACCUGAUCUAACUUCAGCGAUCACGCAAGACACUAUUUUAGAGCUACGUGAGUUGCUCAAGCAGUAUGUAGACGAGGCGCUUACUUCCUUCAACAACAUAAUGGGAAUGGAAACUUUUUCUCUUAUCGACGACGAGAAACAAUCCAGCCUGAGGACCGACUUGACUCUGCCAGAAAUCUACAAAACAAGGCUUCUUAGGGCCGACCUAGGCACACGUACGCGAACCGAUCCGUUCGAACGCUGGAUCCACCAAUGUUUGCGAGCUUUCCGAUAUCGCAAACUUUCAAUGAAAGCCCGCAACAACACAGAAGAUCUUGGGUUAUUCAAUAAGAACGAUCUUUGGUCACAUCAAAACUCCAUCAUGGUUGCUGCAAUCGCGGGGCGCGUGAUUACUGCUUUAAUGAUUGGUAUCUUUCUUGUUGUCCCGCUAGCAAUCCUGUCGGCCGAUCUUUCUCGAAACAAUCAGUUGGCGAUUGUGUCGGCUUGCAUCUUGAUCCUAUCAGUUGCGGUUGCUACGAUGCUAAGAGCUUCUAACUUCGAGAUGAUCGCAGUCUCGGCCGCGUAUGCGGCUGUGCUGUCUGUUUUCAUAUCAAAUGGCUCCGAGAACAGGUGUUAG